ACACAUAAUCGCGCGCGCACGUAACUCCCGUAUAUUUUGCAUUUACACAUUCAUACAGAGAACAUAUUGAAAAUUGUGCUGACGAUUACGAAAUAUUUAUCAAAAAUGGCGUCAAAUCAGUCAAAUCAAGAAAGUUUCGAAUCUUCGCUGUCUUCAGGAGUCUUGUCAACUGCGUAUAGAGUAUCUGGUGGCUGUUUGAGGGGAUAUUCUUCUGGACAAAUGAACUAUUUUUGUCACGUUCCGAAGUUGGGUGCGGAUUUGGUCGUUUGGCAUCGUAACCAUAUUUCGGGUGUGGAACUUCUCGCAUUUCCUGCUAGUGCUAGUGCUAGUCUUUGGACACAUUGUGCCGAGUAAAAAUCCGAUCAACUAUGGAUAAGUAAACUAAAGUAGAAAAGGUUGGAAUCUUUUCUUCAGUUGAACUCCAAAGUGGAGAGAAAAUAAACAGCCAAAAUGGAUUCCCACGCGCCAACCCGCCCAUCCAUAUGGCAGAAACGGUGCCCAACCGGCGACAGAAAAACUUGUUGGUUUUCGAAAAAUAGAAGUUUCUAUCGCAAGGAGGAAGCAGAAGUUCCGGGUUUUCAUAGUAGAAAUUGUGUUGGGAAACCACCCUCACUUCUAAGACUGAGUAGUACAGGAGAUACAGUUGACGAUACCUCGGAUUUUUCGAGCUUUGAGCCCUCAAAUCUUCGCGGAAGUGAGUCAAAUUUUCGGGGCAGUCCUAAGCCUAAGCCCGGUGUUUUGGACCGCAUUGCGAAGUUCGCCUUUUCGGCAAACAGUUCAGAUUUUAAGCAGUCGAUGGCAAGUAACUUUGUCCGUGAAUCUUCCGAGAGUAUGGCCAAUCAAGUGGAUCUGAGCAUUUUAAUGGAGAAAUUUGAUAGUCACCAAAGCAAAAUGGAAAGACCCGGACAGUUCAUGAGUGACACUGCGCCUGCAAUGGUACACCCCCAACAAGGGGGCGGGGGCAUGCGAGGAUUUGUGAAAGAAGGAAUUUAUCACCCCUUCGCUAGACAAUCACCCGAUCAGGUCGGAUCAGCGAGGCAGAGCCAUCCAGCUCCAGUUGCAGCAGAGAUGCAACAACCAGCGGUUCAUGCUUUCCCUCUUUUCAACAUUUCUCCCAUCUGGAACCCCUAUCGUCACCAACAACACCCCCACCCCUAUAUGAGCAGGACCCGCUUCAUCCCCGAACAAAGACCCAACUGCACCAUGGCGUCUGGACAGUUUUGGCAUGGCACACCAGCGCCCGGCACUGCACCGGUUACGUCGGACGCCAGUCCCAGGCACACACCCCUAUCCCAUGUGAGCCGGCAUCAUGGGUGCCAGAGAACCCAGAUAAGAGAUUCAGCAGUGUUGCGCAAUUGGAUUGUUGACCCAAGAGUUAGGUCGCAGUUUAUCAACACAGAGUCCAUAGCAGCCCGUCUACAAGGACAUGAUGCCACCAACCUGCAAAGUCAACACAGGGUUCACCACUAUGCCGUCAGAAACCCCAUGAUGAAAACUAGGACUGAGAUGACUCAACAAAACCAAAACCCCAACAAAGCUGGGUGUGUACACACAGGAAGCACUCAUCAAGAACACAGACAUCCUCCCUAUGCUAAAACGACAACCUCAAAACAAUCCAUCGGCAGCCCUAAGCAAUCACCAAUACACCAGUCAGCAUCGAAGUGCCCUUCAGAAGACAAAGCAAAACACCAAGAUAACAAGAAACAAAAGACAAGUGAUCGAAAUUCUGAGGAGAAAUGCAAAGUGCUCAAGUUAGAAGACACUGACACGCCCCUGGAACCUGUAACUGAUGAAGUGAAAAUUCAGGCCGAGAAUGAACAAAAAGCCACAAACUCUGAAUCUCAAGUCGAAAAAUCAUGUAAUAAUAAUAUGGACUGUGAUCAGAGCAUGCACUGUCUGGCACGUGUUACAUCAUCCGUUGACAGGGUAAUAUGUGCAACAGCUGGAAAAGCAGCGCAAAACGCAAUGGGGCCAAAGUCUGAAUAUAAUGAAACUAGUCGUUACAAAAAUAGAGGGCCCACAGACACAGAAAACCUGAUUCCUGGCGAUCACGCAAGCAAUGGGAAAAGCCACCUGUUGGGUUCCCAGGAAUUAAAACAGGAUGCAGUCCACACACAGCAGAUUCAAAACUCACGUAUUCAGGAGUCGCACAAUUCCAUGCUGGAGGAUGACGGUGCUUCCAAAUCAACGCAGAGUCAAAGCUGCGAAAAUGGAGAUUGCGGACUGUCCUUUUCAAGCACAAGCCCGGAUUCAUCCCAGGAUCAAGUGCAGAUAUGUACUUUUUCACCCCGAGAAUCAGCAUCCAGCGACUCCCCCAAUCCAAAACCUCUCCACUCCUCACUCGCCUUUCUGCUGGCCAGGACGACUGACAGGGAGAGCGACUACUCCGACUCCGACUGGGAUUCCACGGGUUCGUCACCGCCCUCGGAUUCCUGGGACUUCCUGAAAUGUUCGGACGAUCCAUACAACCCGCUGUACGGCUGGCGCUGCGCCAAACGCUCCGAGAGGCAAGACCAAGAGCAGGAGACGGAAUCAAAGCCAGACGACGAAUUGGACUCUGGGAUCUCUUCGCUGCAGGCUCAGCAAGAUGACACGGUGGACGUUAGUCCUGCCGCGUCCGAAUCUUGGGACGAAGAUGAGCCUAGCUUGGAGGAGUCAACACAUUCAGCAGAGUCACCCUGUGCAUCAAACGACAGUGUGAAUCCGUUAAUCAGUUCAGUGUGUAGUGACGUUGUAAACACUUCCAAAGCAUCCGUGCAGGAUCCAUGUACCACGACAGACUCCACUGUAAGGCAUUCCCAAGUGCAAUCGCAUGUUUCAGACAAUCUCACGGCAUCAACCAAUCUUCCGGAGUUCGAAACCGAGACGUCUCAUUCAAGUUUGUGUGAAAAGUUGAAAUCAGUAAACAUUCUAGCGCCACGAUCAAUUGUAAGCGAACCGCAAAAGCUCCAUCCGUCCGUUCUCUUCAUACUCGGUGCUGAUGAUUCCGACUCGGACUCGGAAUGUGAAGGUGACAAUGACGAUUUUGAUGACUGCGAUGCAGACAGUUUUGAUAACAUCUGGAGUUCUUCGCAACAGUGUCCCGACCCGUACAGCCCUCUUCAAGGCUGGAGGUUUCAUCUGACAAUCCCAGUAGUACACAAGUCUUGCAAAAACCUCCCAGCACCGGACCAGAACACUACCACUGAACUAUCCAAGUCCAUUGCUGACAAUGAAAACUCCACUUCUAGUACCGAGACACCGCAUCAGUUUGUGGCGGAAGCGGAUCCAAGACCCACACUGAAGCGAGCAUCAACUACCGGCUGUUUGUGGAUCCCAUGUGAUGGCAGUGAACCAGGCAGACCUCUUCAUAACAAGAAGGUGCAUUUCUGUGAAGAUUCCCCGCUGGUCAUCAACGAGUCGCCUUCCUGGAGCAGCGAGUACAGUGACAGCCGGCGCGGACCCUGGCAGGAGAUGGCCCGCGAUCGCUGCCGAUUCGGGGACCGUAUCCGCUGCACCGAGGGGCAGAUAGCGCACGUCUUCGCGCCUGAACACCGCCAAAGAGUGCAGGUGCGAAUGCAGGCCCAAGUUGUCUAAAAACAGUACCGAUGAUUCCGUCUUUUAAAACUUCUGAUGAUUUGUUUUUUUAAGAACUGGAUGCAAUUUCAUAGCGCUGCUAAUUUUUUUGCGGCAAGCAGAUUUCAGCUGAUUACCAGUCACAAGUAAUACACAUCACAUGGCAUUUUAGCUGGUAACCCAUUUCUGCUCAGCAAAUUUGUUUUUGGUAAGCACAUUUCCUCAGAUACAUGUAGCAGCCCCAUCAAUAGUCUAUGUAAUAGACCCCUGCGAACCUAUGAUAUGCGAGCAGAUUCGGCGAUUAAUUAUGCAAAAAAGACUGCGUCUUGACCUGGAGAUUCUGACCAUUCAGCGGGCGCUUUCUAUAUUGGGUCUUCAGUUAUAUACUCGGUGCGUCAUAGACAUCUAUGUUAAUAAAACCUAGACACGACCUCUGUUAUUCUUUUACGUUGUGCAUCGCAUUGCAAGUAACGAAAUUUGACACUGAAUAUGACAACUCAAAAUAGGGCAACAGUUACUUUUAGGACCCACUACAGUAUAUGUUUUGAAGUUGGCUAUAAAAACAGCUGGUAGAAACCAGAUAAAAAAAAUUCCAGAUUUAGAAUUUGUUUGAAGGGCCAGGGAUGUACAUGUUCAUGUACAUGUAAAGUCCGAGAACUAUUCGGUUGACAACUGUCACAUGCGCAUUUGUCGAGUUCCGUGAAAAAAGGAAACGGCGAAAAUAUACAGGGGUCCUAAAAGUAACUUACAUCAUUUUACAUGUAUGCCCAAAAUAAAGCGGAAUACGGUAGCUUAUGGGCCUUAUGCACGAGUUGGCCUUUUUUGUCGAGUUCCCCAAAUGUAUUUCAUAAAUUGUUAACUGUUGAAUGGGAUGGCGCCAGACUAUUUAUGCAGGCACAAUGCAGCCUUAUUUUACUGUACAGUUGACUCUCGAUAGUAAAACAUCCCGCAGAUUUCUUUCCUCCAAGUUAAUUAAAUUAGUCAUCUUUCUGUAACAAAAAUAACACUUAUGGCUCAAAUUACUUCCUCCUUCCUUAUUCAGGCCCACACGAUAUAUUUGUGUAGCUUUCUAUGUAAUUGUCGGUCGUAUUGAAUUCCAUUAUCAGCAGCCACACAUUAUAUCUAAUAAGGGUGUGACUCUCUCGUCUUAAAAUAUCCAACAUUAAAAAGCAAACUUUCGCUUUCUGAAGGGAUCUUGCUGCACUGCAUGUGGUCCAAAUGAAAAGAGAGGGAGAAAAGAGGUAUUUUUUGUUAAGGGUUCUUUACAACAACACUUGAAACAUCCAUAAGGCACAUGUGUUUGUAGAAAUUAUAGUAUACAUUCCAAACUGGACGUUAGCCACGCCCAUAAAGUGGGCACGUACUCUCUUUGUCAGGGCAACAAUUACAUGGUUUUAACGUCUCUGACUGUUUGUAUUUGUGUGUAUGGGGUGGAGAGGGGGCGGUGGUCAGCAUGUGAUUAAAGGUUGCUCGAUGUUCAAAAUGUUUGGCCAAUACUUUGUCUCGAAACAGGUAAUACAAAAUUCUGGUUAUAACAAACAUAAAGCCUUGGUCCCGACUGUGCAUAUAUGUGCACAAUAAAUGGGACUGAUGUUCCUCUUAAUCCAAAAUUCUGAUAUAACAAACAAUUUGGCUAGGUCCGAACGAGUUUGUUAUAACGAGACUCAACUGUAUCUGUUUUUUAUUCUGGCUUAAAACAUUAGGGAAUGUUUAAUUACAAAUUUUAAAUUAUUCAUUGAAGAAGACUUGAAGUAAUUAGUAGUUUACUUGCUUUCGGUUCUCUUUCGAAAGUCCCAAAAGUAGAAAUUUUACCUCACUUUCAAUUCAAUAUGGCCGACUCGUGCAUAAGACCCAUUUUGCUAUCCUGUUUUUUUUUAUGUGCCUAAUUUCACUUCUGCUGCAAAAUAAGAGUGCCAAAAGUUAUAUUAAAACAGUUCCUAGUCAAAUGUGUGUGUUAAAACCAGUUUGCUAUUCUUACUGCGUAUGGACACCAGUCCACGCCAUACUUCGUUUUGCCCAUGCUGCAUUUUGUGAUCUUCGAAAGUAAUAAGAUAAAACUUGGGGUAAUUUUUUCAAAUUUUUUGGGCAAGUACAGUGUUUUGUACAUAUGUAUUGGAAGUAAUUCUGCCUAUUAGAGGCAGAAUUGCUUCCAACUACAUGUAUAAUUGUCAUACGCAUGGGUUAUGGUGAACCCAGGUUUUUUUCCAUCCAAAUUUUUUUUUCAGCAAUGGAGCCUGUCAUUGGAGCUUUUGUUUUGUUUUGUUAAUUAAUUGCUAAUUUACUUGUGACAGAAUUUUAGAGUUGCAGCAUGAUUCCGAAGAAAGACGGGCAAAAGUAUUUUCAAAAUAGCAGCAAAGAUGAUUCAACGAUGGUUUCUUGAGUGACCGAACAAAAUCAUACAUGUAUGAAUUGGACGAGAAUAAUACAUGUAACAGUUUUCUUUUUGACUGCCCUAAAAAAAAAUGCUUUUAUAAUUCUCAUCCAAGAUGUUUACAAUAUUAAAAAUGUUGCACAGAUAUGCCAAGUUUCAUGAAAUUGAUUUGUAAGUUUAUUGCACAGCUGCGUAACAUAUUUCUUGCGUAAGUCAUACGAUUGACAUUCCAAACUGUUUCGUUAAAAUCGGCUGCAGUUCCUUUAAAAUAGAGCCAAACCAGUCUAAUUGCACUUAGACAUUUGGUAGUCUGCCAUACGGCAGUGAACAAAUUCAUGCCCUUUUGGAGAAUUGCCCCAGAGUACUUCAACAUUGCAUCAUUCAGCAGAGUUACAUGUGUGUCAUUCGUGUUUCGUUUUACAUGUAUUUUAAUAGUGAUUAAUCUGUUAAAUUAGGUAAUUCAAAAUCACAUUUUGAUCUUUUACCCAAAACUUGAAAUCUGAUGACAUGACGUGUCUUAAAAAAUCUGUAAAAAAGCCAGUCUGGAUUGCUGUAGACGAAGGCCAUCCCGAAACAUUUUUUUAAACUGCCCAUGUACAAAUGAGUACAUUGCGAAACUACACAAGCGUGUCUGCUGCAUUUAUGGAAGUACAUUGUACACGCGUAAUCUAAGCUUUAAAUCUAAGCAGAAAUUGCAUGUGAAUAAUCAUUUGAUCACGUGUUUUUUUAUUUAAAAUUUGGGAAUGGAUUUUUAAAAUCUUUUAAAGUAAAGUGUGAUUAUAUUUUGUUGCUAACAUGUGCAUGUACAUGUAUACUGCAUGCAGUGUGCUUGCAUGGUUGGCAUUGUGAAUAGAGUAGAUGUACUACAUGUAUACAUUUUAUUUAAAUAAAUGAUUUUCUCUGAAAUGAAGGAUUACAUGUAAUUGGAA